AUGAGGAUCAACCAAAAUGAAAAUGGUGUAGGAGGUAGCACUAACGGCGUUUCUCUUAAUAGUAAUGGAGAUUCUCAGAAUGCAACCAAUGGUCAAGCAUUGACUAGUAAUAGAAUACAAAGAGCUCGGCGACAAGAGUUGGUUAGGCUAAUGGUUCAAGCAAUGCAAGACAUGGGUUAUAGUCAAUCUGCUGUCACACUUGAAAAAGAGUCUGGAUUUCCACUUGAAAGUGCUGCAGUUGCGAAAUUCAGGGAUGGUGUCUUGAAGGGAGAUUGGACUUUAGUAGAAAGUCUUUUCCCAACCUUGGAGUUAGAUCAAAACAAAGAUGUCGUGGUUGUGAGAUUUUUGAUCCGUCAGCAAAAAUAUCUUGAAUUACUAGAAACGCGACAUAUUAAGAAAGCUUUAAUUGUGUUGAGGAAUGAACUUGCUCCACUCGAUUUUAACUCGGAAAGACUUCAUUCCUUGUCAAGUUUUAUGAUGUGUAGUAAUGCAGAAGAUUUAAGACGCAGAGCUGAGUGGGAUGGCGCAAAAGGAACAUCGCGCCAAAAAUUAUUAGCUGAAAUUCAAAAAUAUAUUUCACCUUCAAUCAUGGUUCCUGAACACCGUCUCGAGACAUUGUUAGAACAAGCAACUACUUUGCAACGCAUAUCCUGUCUUUAUCACAAUUCAAGCGAAUAUAUUUCGCUAUAUUCCAACCAUGUUUGUGACAGAUCGCAAUUUCCUUCAGUUACUACCCACAUUUUCAGACACCAUUCUGAUGAAGUUUGGUAUGUUGCUUUCUCUAAUAAUGGGAAAUUCCUUGCUUCUGCAUCAAGAGACAAGACAGCUAUCAUAUGGAGCCUUGAAACCUGGGAUAAAGUUCAUGUGCUCAGUGAUCAUACUGAUUGUGUGUCCUUUUUGUCUUGGUCUCCGGAUGAUACAAAAAUCAUAACUUGUGGUCAAGAUAAUGUCUUAAAACUUUGGAGUGUGGAGUCGGGUAGUUGUUUAAGUACCAUGAAAAAACAUGAAGAACCGGUAACUGCAUGUGCUUGGCUCCCAGAUGGAAAAUGGUUUAUUUCUGGAAGUCAGGAUAAGAAUACUUAUUUAUGGAAUUUAGACGGUACAACAAUUCAUAAGUGGCCUGGUGCGCGAAUAGCAGAUUUAGCAAUUAAUAAAGAAGGAACUAGAAUGGUGGCAAUUUGUCAUGAUAACAAGAUACACAUAUAUGAUCUUAUAACAAAAAAGGAAGAAGCGACAAUGGAAGAAAAUGCAAAACUCACCUCAAUUUGUCUAUCGAGUGAUUGCAAAUAUGCUUUAGUGAAUCUAUCCACAAAGGAAAUUCAUUUAUGGGAUAUUGACGAAAGGCGAAUUGUGCGAAAAUAUUUGGGCCAGAAGCAAGGGAAAUUCGUUAUACGAUCUUGUUUUGGUGGAAUAGAUCAGGGAUUUAUUGUUAGCGGAAGCGAAGAUUCGAAGAUUUACGUUUGGCAUCGAGAACAUGCAGAUUUGAUAGAAACAUUAUCUGGGCACAAAGGAGCAGUUAAUAGUGUUAAUUGGAGUCCAGUCAAUCCGUACAUGUUUGCUUCUGCGGGAGACGACAAUACUAUUCGAAUGUUAGUUUUAUUUAACUAA